GCAGAAUCAAAUCCUACUAGGAUAUCGAUUAAGUUAAAUCCACAGUCCCCUUGACUAGCUUUCUUAUACAUGGAUUGUAUAACAGCUGCUAAUGUUUGUAGAGCAUACACAACUCUGAAAGGAUGUUCAUCAACUAAUGUAUCCACGCAAUGGCAGACCAAGGCAUUUAAAUUUUCUUUGCUUGCGUUUAAUUGUUCUGCAGUCAUGUGUAAAAUUUCACUUUCUAUAUGUGGAACCUAAACAUAUUAAAGUAAAAAUACAAAUAAUACACAAUACAAAUAGAUAAUUGAUGUUUAAAAAUCACUAAGUACAUGAUAGUGAUUCAUCUGUUUUUCCUUUGACAGUUUUUUCUUUUCUUGUCAACAAGAAAAUUUCAUAUACUAAGAUUUUUCAUUUUAUUUGGUUAUCUAAACAAUUUCUUCAUAUUUCAAAAUGCUACUGUUGACUCAUAAUUUUGAGUACUAAAAAUCUGUGUAUUAAUAGGAUAUAAACCAUUUGCCACCAUGAUUGGUAAAUUUGUUACCAAAAUAAUACAGUCAUUGCCUACAUGGGAAGUGACAAAAUAUUAUGGAAGAGUAUGUAUAUAUCAAUUUAAAUGUUUGAAAUACAAAGUACAGACAAGUGAAGCAUGGUUUAAUUUUAAGUGCAAAUUUAUGCCAGGCAGUUUUCGGAAUGAACUCGAAUGUGAAGAAAUUAUUGAGCCAAAGAAUAAAAAUAAUAGACUUAAACAAAAAGCAAAACGCAUGAAUUUAGAAACAGAGACUUCCAAAAAAAAGGAAUUUAAUAUAAAGAAGAAUGAUGAUCAAUGUUUAAAUUCUUAUACAACUGAACAAAAGUAUCAAGAAGAAUGUACAAAGAAGAAACAGGAAAAGAUGAAACAUGCUCGGUAAUGAAUGGCAUUGGUGG